CCUCCCUGUUUCAAAUGAUGGCAUGCUUGCCACAGUUCUUUGAAUCGGACGGCGGAGGCUCUCUCUAAUCGGGCGGAAGAAUUUCCGGCGAAGACGGGGAACACCGUCCGCACCCGGCGGUCGGCCAUGGCUGCCUCUACGGCUAGGAAUUCCUCCUCUGCUUGCGUAACAAGGGACUCCAUCUUGCUGCAGGCGUACGGCGACACGCCGGAAUUCCGCCUCAACUCCGAGCAGGUCCGAUACUGCUCCCAAGCCCUUCAGCUUCUCAGGAGCAAGGUCCGUUCACAGGAAAGGCUCCAUCAGGAGUUUGACGCCCUUCAGGCUAGCAGGUUGAGAAAGAGUGAGAUGCAGAGGAGAUGCAAGGUUGCUCUUGAAAUUGCCAAUUCAGAAAAAAACCGUUAUAUAGAUGUUUUACCAUUUGAUGAUUCAAGAGUUGUUCUUGACUCAAGUAAGGAUAACAAGUUGAUGGGAAAUGGAUAUAUCAAUGCAAGCUUCAUCAGGCCUGCAACUGGUGGGAACCUUUCUUGCUUUAUAGCUACACAAGGUCCUUUACCAGAAACUGUUGAGGAUUUCUGGGAAAUGGUAAACCAGUGCCACGCCCCUGUGGUUGUUAUGCUCACUCGACUGGUUGAUAAUUACAAGGUGGUGAAGUGUGGUGACUAUUUCCAUCCUGAGGAAGGUUCUAGGCAAUUUGGGAAGAUUUGUGUCACCACAAAGCAUAUGAAGAUAUGUGAUACUUCCUUAGUGUUGCGCUACAUGGAGGUCAAUAAUCAAGAGUCAAAUGCUGCGCCGCUGCCUGUACUACAUUUGCAGUAUCCUGAUUGGCCUGAUCAUGGAGUGCCUGUUGAUACUCGAGCUGUUCGUGAUAUUCUGAAGAGGCUUUAUCAUCUUCCAGCAGAACUGGGCCCUUUGGUUGUGCAUUGCAGUGCUGGUAUAGGAAGGACCGGUGCAUUCUGUACCAUCCUUCACACAGUCCAAAGAAUACUAACUGGUGACAUGUCAGCCGUUGAUCUUGAUAAAACAAUCAUUGGGCUCAGAUCACAGCGAAUUGGAAUGGUCCAGACAAAGGAUCAAUUUUUCUUUUGUUAUGCAGCUAUCAUUGAUGAAUUAGAAGACCUGCUCGCACAGACCAUAUUAUAACUGAAAAGCAGCUGAAGACUGACAGUGGUUUCAUUUGACCUGUAGAUACCAUUAGAAACAGAAAAUGGAGGAUACUUUUAGCUUUCACCACAGGCAUUUUCUUCCUGUUCAUGCCGAAGACCUUGGGGGGUCAUCACGCGACACUGAAGCUGUAACACCUUCAUGAUCGAAUCGUUUUGUAUCCCUAACAAUAUGUUUUACAUCCAUGAAAGCUGCGUAUAAACACAGUAGCAAACCAGAGAAAUUCUUGCUGGGUAUUUCGUUUGUAUGAUAUGGAAAUGAGGUGCUGAGCUUGCUCGCGGUGUCCUGUCAUGCAAGGGCAAGGCUUGUUAACAUAUCUCAACUUCUGAAAAAUGAAAAAAUCCCCCAAUUUUUUUUUUCUUUAA